AAAAAGAAAAAGUUUUUCUCAAACUCUGUUCGUUUCGUUGCUCAGUCCACAGUGACAGUGUUUGGUUUACUAUUCGUGUAUAUGAUUAAUUAUUGUUGUUAAUUUCCUUAUCUUUUCUCUUUAAAUCAUCAAAAAAUAAAAUAAACUAACCACAAAAUACUGCGGCUUUUCAAUCUACGAGUACCAUAAUUCGCAUUUUCCAAUAAGAAAGUUGAAAGUUUUUUGUCGGGUCUUCGAACGGGAUUUUAUCAAAAGAAGAAAAAUUCGGGGUGCUACGCGCGGUUCUUCAUCCUAAUAUCGCACAAAUAUCAAAACCAAUAUUAAAUCAAUCUUCUUCAGAUUCCACAAUUCCACCAGUUCAAUGCAAUUUAUACAAACAAAAAUCUAUGUUCAAGAAAAUAAAUCUUAUUCGAGUUCUGUGAUUUAGAAGAUUUUCCUGCAAUUGGAAAUUAUCGUAUUUUUCAAUUACUUUCCUCAUCAAAUUCACUUGUUUCUUUUUUUUUGUUUUGUUGUUUCUGUGUCGUGUGAAACUCAAGACACAAGAAAAGAAAGAACAUCUCUUCACAAAUUGAUAAAAUUUGCUGCUCAAUCCAGGUCCCAGGUCCAAAAAACACUUUGCGGAAACAUCAAAUUUUCCUUCUAUAAUAGAGAUGCGACUUGAUUCUAACUCAAAUGAAGAUUUCAAAUCCCUAGGUGCUAAAAUUAACAAAAUAAAAAUAGAAACUUUAUCAAAGUGGGGCGGAUUGGAAAAGAAUCUUACAACACUGCCCGCAACCAAUUACUCAAGUGUUGUUCUCCCACGUCAUAGCACUAGUCCUUUUCCUGUAUCCGACAAUAUUAAUAGUCGUUUAAUAAUUUGGGAUGGUGAUAUAACACUUCUAGAAGUCGAUGCUAUCACAAAUACUACAGAUGAAACUCUGACCGAAAGCAAUAUCAUAUCAGAUAGAGUACUAGCUGCGGCAGGCAACCAGCUCAAGGACGAACUCCAAAAUCAUAUUAAAGAGUGCCGCACUGGGGAAGUUCAGGUAACAAAGGGUUACAACUUGCCAGCGCUUUAUAUCAUUCAUACUGUUGGGCCCAUUUAUAAAAACAAAUUUAAAACUGCUGCAGAAAACACAUUGCAUUAUUGUUAUAGAAACGUUCUAUACAAAGCAAAAGAACUGAAUCUUAAAACAAUCGCUUUAUGUAAUAUAAGUACAAUUCAAAGGAACUUUCCAGCGGAUUUAGAAGCUCACAUAGCAUUACGUACUAUUCGUAGAUUUUUAGAAAGAUUUCAAUCGGAAAUUGUGAUAUUGUGUGUUGAUGCACACGAACGUGGUAUCUAUGAAGUAUUAGCUCCAUUAUACUUUCCAAGGGAUCAACUAGAAGAAAGCACAGCACUUUGGCAAUUACCCAAAGAUAUUGGUGGUGAAUUUGGUGAACCUCAUCAUCCAGAUCGGCAAAUUCGUAUUAUUCGUAAUCCACAACAUACUGUUAAAAUGAGACAUACUGACGACGAAUCUGAUUCGAAUCCACACGAAAUGGACGGAAAUAAUUCAGAUGUAGAAUGCGGACUAUCUGACUUGAAUGGAAUGAGUUUGAACUCAUAUCAUAGCAAUGGACCAAAUACAUUUGCUCAGUUACAGCAAGGUGAUUUAGAUCGGCAACGUCUGCUUGGGGACCGACAGAGAAAUGGUGUUUAUGAAAGUGUAAUAGAAGACGGACUUGAAGGUCUAGAACAUCAAGAAAGAUACGAAAGAUUGCUCCGUCGUGCGCAAGUAGAAGACUUAAAUGAAGUUUCUGGAAUUGGAUGCCUUUACCAAAGUGGUGUGGAUCGUCUGGGCCGGCCUGUGAUUGUUUUUUGCGGGAAAUGGUUCCCUGCUCAAGAUAUUGACUUAGAAAAGGCACUCUUGUACCUGAUAAAACUACUGGAUCCAAUUGUUAAAAGCGAUUAUGUAAUAGCGUACUUCCACACACUAACUUCAACAAACAAUUAUCCCUCAUUGCAUUGGCUACGUGAGGUUUACAGUGUACUGCCAUACAAAUACAAGAAAAAUUUGAAAGCAUUCUAUAUUGUUCAUCCCACUUUUUGGACUAAGAUGAUGACGUGGUGGUUCACAACAUUUAUGGCUCCUGCAAUCAAAGCUAAGGUUCACUCUUUACCUGGUGUUGAGCACUUGUACUCUGCUAUCUCCAAGGAUCAAUUAGAAAUUCCCGCAUAUAUUACUGAAUAUGAUAUGGCUACAAAUGGGCUUCACUACUUUACCCCUGUUCAAACGCCCACAUAGGCCAGACUACUUGCUUGAAACGAUCAAAAUAUGAAAGUUAUUAUUUAAAUUUUAAGUCAAUAAUAUAUUUCGUACUUAUUAUUAUGUAUUAUGUUUCAAUAUAUGUAUGUUUUAUUUUCUUUGUAACUUUAACUUUAGUUUAUUCAUUAUAGCUUAACAGACAAACAAAACAAAAAUACCUAAUCUACUAAUUUGGAUAUAAAAAUAAAUUAAUUUAAAACUUAAAAAGAUUUUUAAAAAAUAUGCUUCUAGGAACAGUGAAUACCAAUAGAUUAUGUAGGUGAUAAAUCAUUCUUAUGAUGGUAGAGAGUACAUACUAAUUUAAACACAAAAAAAAAAACAAAAAUGAAAUCGUUAUAUAAAAAAAUUAUUAAAAUAAUGAAAAAAAAAAUUGUUAUUGCUAAAUACGGAUCCAUACAAUCGAAUUGAGAUUAAAAUAAAAACACGUUAUAUCGUAUUAAAAAUAGUUAACAAAAACCAAAAGAAAAUAAUCAAUGGCAACAUUGUUCGAUAUUAUAAAAGUCCCCACUAGAAAAACACACUGCUCAUCAUCUAUUCGGAACGAGAACUUUGGCUCUUCCUUUCAAUUGCUUACAUGUAAAUAUAUAACAAACAAAAUGUCAUUGCAAUCACAACAAUCUCUGAAUGAUCAAUUACCGCAGUAACACUCAGGGCGAUUGGUUUUUAAUGGUAAUGAAUAAAAAUGCUAAACAAAAAUUGAAUACAAUACAAAAAUAUGUUGACCUAUAUUUACAAGCGACGUAUAUUAAUAAAAUAAAUUUAACAAAAACAAAAAUAAAUGUAAUGCAAUUGAAAACAAAAAUAUAAAUAAAUUAACUGAAAAUAGAACAUAAAAUAAAUAUAAAAUUAUAUUUUAUACAAAACCUUGCUACGGUAGAACAUAGACAAAAAAUAUCCUAAACAUUUAUUCACACAUAUCGUCAGCUUAUUCGCUCAAGUUGUUACAACAUUUUUGUUAUAAAUAAAACUGCAAAAACUCCCCCUCCAUUUAAGAACAACUACUUAGAUCUAUAGUGUCAAAAAAAAAAGAAACAAAACAUUUGUAUUCAUUUAAAUGUUUCGUUCAGUCCAAUUGCUCAACUGAAAUGGCUAUUGGAAAGUAUUAGCCAAAACUAGAAAAACUUUAUUGAAAGCCGUACUUAAUUUGGUGUGAAUAUCCGCUUUUUUAACAAAUGCUCAGCUAAUCCUUACACUUGAAAUCAUAUUGAGACGCUUUUGAGCAGCCUGACACCAAAAAAAAGUGAAUUCCUUUUGUGAGGGAGGCAAUUCUUCUUGAAUGGCGUUAAGAACUAGAGGAGUAAACAAAUCUUCCAAAUUUGUGUAAUUCUAAAUAAAUUGAAAGUUCACACCAAAGUACAGUAUUCUCCCUAAAAAAAUAUAAAUAUACAUUCUAUUCUAGCCCAAAUUUUUCGAGCAAAUUAUUUUUGUAAGGAACUUUCCAAUUUGAUUUUUAAACCGAUAAUUUUAGCACGUAUGUAAAAUUUCAAAAAAUCUUGUUAUUACUCAAAACCAAGUAAAACUAAUUUAGCGUGCCAAGUCAAUAACAUACAAAUUAUAAAAAUAAAAUGAAAUUUAUUUCAAAUUUCUUUUAAAUUCCUAAAUAUUUCUAUAGAAUUUUGGUUAAACAUUAAAAUUUAGAGAAGAAAAGAAACUUUUUGAACUUAGCAUUCGAUUUAGCCAAUGUAUCUAUUAAAACAACAAAACAAAAACAAAAAAAACAAUGCAAAUAAACAAAUAUGAUUAUUACGAAAUUGGCCUUAAAUAGAAAUAUUAUGAAAGCAUGAAAUAAAAAAAUAAAUACAAAAAUCCCAACGUUAAUAGACAAAAAUAAAAUAAAAAUAAUAGUAAAACGCAAAAAUAAACAUAGAAUAACCUUAAUUUAUCGAUAAUGAAUUUAUUGUUGCAUACUAUUUAAUGGUAGUAAUGAAUCGUUCCACCAAGUAUUAAAUAAAAACAAUAAAAAUAAAAAAAAAAACGUGAAUAAAAAAUAAAGUUACUAUAUUUGCAUUGAACAUAAAAAAUUGUACUAUUAUAGUUCUCUCAUUCAAAAAACAAAAAAACUUAUAUUGUAUAAUAUUUUCUCUCAUUUAAUAAAAAAUAAACAACAAAGAAAAACAUUUAUAAAUGGAAACUUUUUAAUCGUCUUUUAACAAAAAAAAAAUAAAAAGUAGGUGUUGAUAAUGUUUUUGUUAUAUUUACAUACUUAAGUUUUGUUAUUUCAUAAAAGGUAAAAACUAAUACCUUAAAAGAUUUCUUUUGUUAAAGAACUAAAGUUUCGUAAGUAAGAAAUAUAUUUUAAAUUUUAUUUUCUCUAGAAAACUUUUAGCAGUGUUUUUUAAUUAAAUUAUUCCAUUUCGCACAUUUUCAUUCUUAUUAUUCGUACCUAGAUAAAAUGUGUUUUAACAAAAUUAAUUAAAAGUAAAUUAAACAAAAAUUGAAAAAAAAAGAAACGAAAAUUAUUAUGAUGAUAAAAUGCUGAAAGAACUAGCAAAAGUCUAUAAGAAAUUGUUAUGUUUUUCUCCUUUUACUCUAGCGUAGGUUGUCGAUAUUAUAUUAAUAAUAAUGAAAUAUAAAAGAAAAAUCAUUGUUUUUGUAUAUAUAUACAAUUUAAUAAUAAAAUAAACAAUUUAUAAUUCGGUUGCGGAAGUUA